AUGAGGAAGAGAAUUGUAAUCAAAUUAUCGGGCAAGGUCUUUGGUGCAGACGGGGCCGGGACCCUGAAGGACUAUGCGUCGCUUCUGCUGAGGAUCAGCAAGAUCCGUCAGCCCAUUAUAGUGGCCGGCGGGGGCAGCAUUGCAAGGCACUACAUAAACAAUGCAAGAUCUUCUGGCGCAGACGAGUCCACGCUAGAUGAGAUGGGAAUCGAGAUCUCCAGACUGAACGCCAGGCUCCUGAUCUGCGCACUUGGAGACAAGGCAUACCCGCACCCACCCACAACCCUGCAGGAGAUAAAGCAGGCAGCAGACGGCGGCCUCGUGGUGGUGGCGGGCGGGCUCUAUCCGGGCCAGAGCACCAACGGAACCGCCGCGCUUGUUGCCGAGAGGGUCGGGGCAGCAGAAUUCCUGAACGCCACGGAUGUGGACGGCGUGUAUGAUAUGGAUCCCAACAAACACAAGGAGGCGAAGAUGCUCGGGCGGAUCGAGUUGGGGCGCCUGCAGGAGAUGCUGAUACAGGAAGGGGCUGCGGCGGGCGGCCACGACCUUAUGGAUAUCGUAUCCCUGAAGACCAUUGAGCGCUCCAGAAUAAGAACCCGGAUAGUCGGGGCCGACAUAAAGACGCUGGAAAAGGCGAUCCGCAGCAGCGUGGUCGGUACCACGAUAGUUCUUCCCGGCGAUUCCUAG